AUGUUCAAUCAUGAAUCGGGCCUCGAAGUUGCAUCACACCAUCAAUCUAGAUCCGGUGGUCUCGAGGUAAUCCCUAAUGAGCUUGAAAGCAUCCCCACGGCACUCGAUUCAUGGCACGCAAUUCAUGGGCCCUCUGAGAAAGAAGGCCAACAACCUCAAGCCGAUACUGGACUUGGGGCAGAACCAUCUAGCUCGGGACCAGCAAACAGUUCUCAUGUCCGCAAGACUCGGAGGUUCUGGAUUAUCUCUCUGAUUGUACUUAUCCUCCUGGUUGUUGCUGCGACUUUGGGCGGCGUGCUUGGCAGCCGUGCGCGAAAUCAAGCGCCAGGCACCUCGGACACUUCAAACUCCCUUCCCAACCCGGGCGAAGGAAACAGCAGUACGCCACUGACAAUCCGGAACAAUUCGAUGCUAUCCAUUACUGGGCACCUAGAAGAAGACGGUGGCUGGACGGCCAGGUUGGUCUUUGAAGGGCCAGACGGAAAAUUACGGUUCCUGGACCGCAGUGGCCCCGAUGGCUUCUGGUCUGCCGUGACAAUACUAGAUCGAGUGCCUUUGGCACCUAAUGGAUCUUUCACUAUUUCUACAUACCUCAUUGGAGGGCUGUCGGCGCCCCAAUAUCAAUUAUACUACGCGACAACCUCUGGCCAAAUGUGCGGACAGGUCUUCAAAAAUGGGUCAACGCCGAUAGACGGAAGUCCAGACAGCAUCAAUGCAUUGAACUUCACAGCCCCCGAUGGAACGUCCAUGGCGUCAUACUUUCCUUAUAUAAUGGUUCAAGAUCAAGCCAGCAACCAGAUGAUGUGGUAUGGAUACAAGUAUCAAAUACAAAAUGGCUACUUUGACUUGACAGCAGAGUCCCAACCUGUGCUCGCAAGUAGCCACACGUCCAUGGUGGUUCUUCCAGUAAAUGCCUGGAUGUACGAAAACAUCAAUAUAACUUUGCUGGCUGGAUUCUUCUAUCGGACGAUGGAGGGAACACUGGCUUUCGCCUUGGGUCAACCCACGGUGCCCGGUGAUCAUCCAAGCUUUUUGCUGUGGAACACGACUGCGGGCGGUUUCCCCAACGUAUCUCUGCCGGAAGGGGGCGCGAUUAGCGGCUUUGCGUCGGGGAGGGUGAUACGCAGCGAGCAAGUAGACACGCAUCUUCUUUACCAGGACGGCAACGGCACCAUACAGGUUCUGUGGCAGGAAAACGGCAAGGAUUGGCAAGGACCCACCACCUUUGACGCUUUUGACGGUGCAGAUAUGGGAACAUCGAUUGCGUGUCUAACCUUGGGGGCCUACUCGCGAGACGGUGGAAUGCAUGUUAAUGUACCCAGCAACUCGGACACAAACAGGUGUUACUUUCAAAGUCAAGGUGGUUUAAAGGAAGUUUGGUACGAUGGAUAUACUUGGCGAGAUUGUGGAUUUAUAGCAACCGGGUGA